UUGAUUGAAACAUAGGAGGAUGGUGUAUUUUAUUUUGAAAGGAACGUAUAUUCUAAUUCAUGUAUAUAAAUAUAUAUACAUAUAUUCGUUUUCGGCUUACGUAAAUAAAAUGUUGGAUUAAGUUCGUUUGUACUAGAGAGACUGGUUGUUGACGUUAUCGCUUGAAGCAUGUUUCCUAGCAGGUUUCCAUUCCGUCAGGGGGCGUGGCUCGUGACGUCACGCGCACAUGGGGAAUCCCUGACGCUCUUAAAAGCGUGUAGUCAGUCUCUCUUCUCUCAGUCGUGUUUCAGCAUGUUUUCCUCAGAUCUCGUGUCUGUUUCUGCUUCUUCUCUGUGGAUUUUAACGUUUUCUUGGUUGUUGUUCUGUAAACAUGUUGAAGGUGAACACAUUGGUUCAGUCAAACCAAUCAUUGCUCUUCCUGGUGAUGAUGUCAUCCUGCCGUGCUGCCUGGACUCUGAGGUGGACCUCCAGGAUUACACCGUGGAGUGGUCCAAACUGGAGGUGAAGCCUGACCCUUUGGACAGACAGGGCCGCGUCCCUUAUGUGUAUCUGUACCGGAACAGGAAGACCAUGACCAAAGUCAUGAUGGAGACGUUCAUCCAGAGAGUGUCUCUGAACCCAGACGGACUCAAACGAGGAGACGUGACGUUAAAGAUCAGGAACGUGACGCUCCAGGAUGAGGGGAAGUACAGCUGCUUCAUUCCUGGGAAGAAGUUCAGGGAGACGGUUCAGCUGCUUGUUGAGCCAAACGGAGUCAGAGCUCCAACCAUGGAAACAUCCCAGUUUAACAUCUCCACUCCAGAUCCAGGAGGAGAGCAGAACAACAUCUGGAUCAGUCGCUCCAGACCGGCUCUUUGGAUCGCUCUUGGAGUUUUUACCUCAUUCAUCCUCUCUGCUGUUUGUGUUUAUAUCUUUCAGAGGAGACCACAGGAAUGUCAGAAACCUUUCCUGGUGUGAAGACAUCCCAUCUCUCCAAAGCUGCUUUGCUGGUCUUAAAGGACUGAAGAUGGUUUCUGGUACUUCAGCCUCAUGGAGGAUUGUAACCGGUGUGAGGAUGUUCUGGUUCUGACCCGUUUCUGCCGUUGACUUCCUUCUGUCAUGUGGAGAACUUCCUGGAGAUCAAGACCAACUGAAGAACUCUGAACGUUCUAGAUAAAGUCUGAAGGUCUGAGCUGGUCUUUGGACGAUUCCAGACGUUUGUGGAUCUGAGAUGUUUGGAUUGAACUGUAGAACCAGGUUGAUCUGAACCGUUAGGAGUUUGGUUUGUUUAGGUUCUCCUGCAGGAACAGAACCUCAGCUGGUCUGCUCAGAUUCCUGCCGUUCUUCUAGAGAACUUCUACGAUGUUUGUGAGGUCAAAUGUAGAAAGUUUUCCAGGACAAAGUGACAUUGACAAAGACAGUUGAAACUAGCUGAGAGUCUCAGGGGUUUUCUCGAAAACUGAAAGUGAGGUAAAAAGAUGGUCUGAGGUUUCAAGAAGAAAAGCCCCGCCCCCUGAUAUUUAUUGCAAUUGUGCAUUCUAUUGAAUGUCCUAAACUGUAUUUACUGUCAUCUUUAUAUAGACUGCUGUGAUUUUCCUGAAGCUGCUCUGAUAUUCAAACAUAUUACCUGUGCAAAAAAUAAAUGCAAACACAACUUUUAUACUUUAAAUAUUUAUUUAUUUAUUUAAGACAAAUAACUGCAGAAAAGCAGCUUUUAUACUGAAACUGUCUGGUGAUCAAUAAAAAGAUGAAUCCUCCAGA